UAGCAUAAGUACACAAAUUUUACGCAGAGCUUAAAGUAUGUUUCGGGGGGCUUAUAAGAUUCUUACUUUUUUAAAGACAAGAGAUACCAUGUUUCUAUGCAAGAGACGACCGUUCAGCGAUCUUUUUGACAAAGGAGGCGGUGGCGGUAUCGACACGUAUCAUGUUAAACAUUUGCAGGGGAACAAGGGAAAAGAGGCAAGGAUCAUGGAACUGACCGCACAAAUCGAGUCCCUUGAAAUGCAAAUCAAAGCCCUUGAGAAAAGUAAGUCAUCCGAGGCGAAGACUGCGAAGGGUAAACUUAUAUUAGUGCUCAAAGAGUUGAAACAAGCCCUCCGAAACAUAAGAAUGAAUAAAUAAACAUAAA